UUGAUGGUCUACAUCAGUCUAUUGGAUUGCCUAAGUGUCUGUAUCAUUAGUGGAGAUGGUAGGGAGGGCAUUUAAGUAAUUUACCGAAUGAGAAUGGUCUAUAUAAGGUGCCAUUGUUAGAGAUGUGGAACCAGAGAAGGUGCGUACGAGAUUUUAAAUAAGUAAAUUAAAAAUCUUUCCGAUGCGAAAAAAAUCAGCCAUCUUGGUGGGGUGCGGCUACUACGGAACCCCACACGAGAGGUAUGGCUGCCAAAACGACGUGAAAAUCAUUGAAGAGGUUCUUAAUAAGUUGGGGUUCCUUCCUGAAAACAUUAGGAAGUUGAUCGAGACCAAUACACCUGACUCGCCGAACCAGCCAAUCCCGCAGCCAACGAUGGCAAACAUCCAGAAUGAGCUUAAUCACAUGAAGAGUAACGCUGGGGAGGGGGACGUCUUGUUCUUCUACUUCAGCGGUUCGGUGAAUCAUCAAUCCAACCGCAUUCCAGCCCUCUACUGUUGCGAUAAAAGACUCCUUCCAGCCACCGAUUUCCGAUAUGAAGACAACCAGUUACCGGAGAAAACAAGCUUCACCCUCGUCUUGGAAUCGUCCCAUGGCGCUGAAUUUAUCCAUCCGGUGACGACCGACAACAACAGGAUCCUGUUCAACGCCUGCCAGGAAGACGAGAAACCGAAACGCCUGGAUCCGAAAGAAGAUAUCAAAAGUGAGUACGGCGCGUUUACCAAUGCGAUCCAGACGGCGUUGCACGAGAACCCACCCCCUAUCUCCAAUGAGCACUUGCUCCGACAUGUGAACGAACGCCUCAAAAGCUUCAAUCAACAUGCGGGCCUCCAUUGCAAUGCUGAUAAUCAGAGAGCGAAUUUCUUGGAAUACCUGACGAUCGACUGACAGCGAGUAGCUGUUAUAUGGAAUAAAGAAAAUGCUGUUUAAAGGUUUGCAUAUUAAUCGUCUACCUAGUUGUUUCUCUAAGCGUGUAGCAGGUAGUCUGCACGCUUGUCUAUCUAUUCUACCGAAUAAAGAGAAACGUGUUUGAAAGUCUGCAUAUUAGUCAUCUGUCUAAUUUUCUCCAAGCGUGUAGCAGAUAGUCUGCACGUUUUAUGGCUGUUGUAUGGUUUGAAAUAAGGAGAAAGGUGUAUGAAAGUUUGAAUGUUAUAAGACGUCUACUUGGUUUCUCAGACCGUGUAGCAGGUAGUCUACACGUUGUCUAGCUAUUGUAUGAAAUAAAGAAAAUGGUGUUUGAAGGUUUGCUUGUC